GAAGACGACUCUAAGUAUGCUUGAUACUGUGAAUGAAUAACGUCAUUGCGAGGCAAAGCACUGUUAAUGAUGAAUAUGAAUUGCUUUGGAAGGAAUCUCAUCACUGCUUCAUCCUCUUUGCCUCUUGUGCAAAUCGCAGCACAGAAGGAAGCUCAUUUUUGGUAUGUUUUACCUAAUGAAGUAAAGAGCACAAACCUAUUGAACCGGUAUUUAGAAAUUCUAUCACCUUGUGAGAAAGAAAAUGUAUUUCACAUGCGUGGAGAACAGCUGACCAAGAGAGCACUCCUGACUCGUGUGUUGGUUCGGACGACAUUAGCAAGAUAUCAGAUGAACUGUCAGAUUAAUCCAAAAUCCUUAAAGUUUAGAACAAACAAUUAUGGCAAGCCUGAGGAAUGGGUGGACUUGUUAUACACUGAUGAUUGGAGCCCACCACCACUGCAUUUUAAUAUCUCACACACUUCAUCUUUGAUAGCUUAUGGAGUAACUGUGGGUUCACCUAUUGGUAUUGAUGUGGAAGAGAAGCAAAGGGCAUUAAAAAAUGAUAUUUUAACCUUUGCACGUCGAUACCUUUCUCCCCAAGAAAUAGAAAUGCCGACUCACAUUGCAGACCAUGAACUUCAGCGUCAGGAGUUUAUAAAAUUAUGGACUCUGAAGAUAAAUGAGGCAUACGUAAAAGCACAAGGGAAGGGCUUCUCAGCUUCACCUUUUAAGAUUUUUACUGUUCAAUUAAGAGACCAUAUGGAAGGAGGCAUCCACAUUCCACCUCAUAUGAUUUCUAAGAAUCUCUCAAGCAAUUGGCAGUUUGUGCUUCUGGAGUUGGCUGGUUCUCAUUAUGCUGUUGUUUGUAUAGGAAAAGACAGGAUCAAUACAGGCAAAGGGAGCAUUCCAAUAAAUUUGACCAUAAGGAAAACAAUCCCAUUUGUUGAGGAUGAGUGUAUUCUACAAUAA